AUGACGCAAACCAGUCCAGGAGGUGUGUCAGUGAGUGUUUCCACAUUCAACCUCGUGGCCAUCUCACUGGAGCGCUACAGCGCCAUUUGCAAACCGCUGACCUCCAGGGCAUGGCAGACCAAAUCCCACGCCGCCAAGGUCAUCACCGCCACCUGGGUGGCGUCCUUCGUCCUGAUGCUGCCCUACCCCAUUUCUAGCACCCUCAAGCCGUUCACCCGCCACAACAACAGCACCGGGCACAUGUGCCGCACGGCGUGGCCCAACGACAUCAUCCUACAGUCCUGGUACGUGUCGCUGUUGUUGCUGCUCUUCCUAAUCCCCGGGAUAAUCAUGAUGACAGCCUAUGGACUCAUUUGCCUGGAGCUGUACCGGGGAAUCACGUUUGAGAAGUCCAGCAGGAAAUCUAGAGACAGACAAUCCAGCACUGACAGCAUCAAGCCCGGUGACAACGACGGAUGUUAUCUGCAGCCGUCCAAAAAGAAGAGCAUCUCCAUGAGAACAGGCAACACCAGCAGCAUGUCCAUGGUGGGCCGUGUGUGCAGCACCAGCUCCACAGCCAACCUGAUGGCCAAGAAACGUGUGAUCCGCAUGCUCCUGGUCAUCGUCUUUCUCUUUUUCCUGUGCUGGACUCCCGUCUUUGUGGUCAACGCGUGGCAAGCUUUCGACCAGCGCUCGGCUUACCGCCUGACCGGAGCGCCCAUCUCCUUCAUCCACCUGCUGUCCUACACAUCGGCCUGCGUCAACCCCAUCAUUUACUGCUUCAUGAACAAGCGCUUCCGCCAGGGCAUGCUGGCCACGUUCACCUGCUGCAGCUGCUUGAGGAGAGGCGGCAGCUUAGGGAAGUCGACUGGGAGCAAGAUGACUAAAGGGGAAGCGGGCAGAUUAAGAGCCGGGCCAAAGACCAAUGAGCAGAAUGGUCAUAUCGCGCCAAACGGAGCCAGCACGCGCUUAACCUACACCGGCAUCCGUGCAUCGGCCUGGAGUGAGCUGACUUAAACUGGAUUGAUUCGUACAUGUGCGUAUGUGUGUGUGUAAGAGGUCUGGCCUGAGUGCAAACACUUGAAGGAAAUCUGCAGUGUGUUCUUUCAACGUAAAGCCAUCACAGUGCGUAGAGGACAAGUUUAUGAGCAGCUAUAGCUUGGAGUGUGACAUGAAGCAGGUACAAGAUGAAUGACUGUGGAGCAGAAGAGUACAUUCAGUGCUCUCACAGAGGCGGAUGUUUCCUUAAAGCUUGCCGGCUGAUUGCUGAUCAUAUAAAACCUUGAAGGACCUCAAGUCUGACAUAGCAAGGGAGUGUUUUUAUGAAACAGGAUACACAUUCAUGUAAUGUUCCACUCUCCAUAUACUAUUUUUAAACACAUUACAGGGGCCAAAUAGUCUUUCUAUACCUUUUAUUAUUCUGAACUAUGUGCACCAGGUUGGAAAUAUCCAAAACCACAAUCAGUGCCAGAAGGAUUAGA